UUUAUGUCUACAACGGGUUAUUUUCUUGAGUUUGUUUCUCAAAAAAGACGGAAAGUUACAUUCUAAUUGGAUCAAAUAUAUAUAUAUAUAGAAAGAGAAAGAGAGAGAGAGAGAGUAUGGGCAUCUGUUGGAGUUGGCUGCGUGAGCUCAUUUGCCAUUUCUUGGAUAGCCAUUUGAUGAUACUGAUGUGGGCUGUGAGUGGGGCCCUGGUGAUGCUGUACAACUUCCACUCGAGCAUUUACCUCAUCGAGAGACUCGUGCGCUGCCACAAUGAGGAGGAGAGCGAGGAGUCAGAUACCGACAAUGAGGGAUAUAUAAGCGAUGCUGAUCCGAGCACUGGCCUGGACUACGGCGCAGUGAAUGGCCCGCACGCCUGGCAAACGGCGCUGAACAAUCAGAGCCCCAUCAACAUUGACACGCAGCAGGCGGAGCAGAUGUACAUCAGCUUGUCCCUGAUGUGGAUAGGCUAUGAGGUGCCGCCCAUGGGCAUACGGCUGGAGAACAAUGGGCACAGUCUGCUGGUGAGGGCUUGCUUUGACGGGAACCCGCCCUUCGUCGAUGGCGCCGAUCUGCUGAGCUCGUUCCAGUUCCAUGAGAUCAGCUUUCGCUGGAGCUGGCAUGACGACGGCGCCGGAUCGGAGCACUCCUUCAACAACGUGCACUUCCCGCUGGAGAUGCAGUGCGUGCACACGCGCUGCGGCCAGGGCCAAGAGGUCUCCAGCCGCAGUGUGCUCGUGAUCUCCUAUAUGUUUGCCAUAGCCGCAGAGAAUCCCUAUCUCGAUGUGAUUGCUCAGUACUUGGUGGCCGUGCAGCGGGCGGGCCAGUGCGUGGAGAUACCUCCGUUUCCGCUCAACUACUUGAUGCCGCCGUUCUUCACGGGCUUCUACAGCUAUCACGGCUCGCUCACGGAACCGCCCUGUCAUCGUGGUGCCGAGUGGUUCAUCAAUCCGCUGCCUCUGGCCAUCAGCGAGCGGCAGCUGCACGAGUUCCGCAAGCUGCGCAGUCGCAGCGGCUCUCGCAUCAGCAGGAAUGCGCGGCCCGUACAGGAGCUGGGCGAACGCACGGUCAAGUUCAACAUCUUCAGUCCACUCUAUCAGGGAGGGAGCGUGUACAUGAGAGAUUGAGGCUGUAAUAUUUUUUAUUUUAAUACAUUUAUAUUUAAAUAUAGAAAGUGUGGGGGCAAAAAACUCAUUUGUGGAUAU